UUUUCUAAAAACAAUCAGAAAGUUAGUUAAUUAUCUUUUAAUUACUUAUAAAGUAUAUAAAUGGAAGAAACUCAAUCAUAAACAGCUAAUUUAGAGGUAGCUUAGACAAAUAUCGAUACUCCUGUUACCGAUACACCCCUUACUGAUACUCCUAAUUCAUUUAUAAAAGCUAGGAAUGCCUACAAUAAGCUGCAAAAUACAUUUUUGAUGCAUGAUAAACUAUAAUAAAAAGAUUUAUAGACCCAAUCAAAUUACAGCUCAGAAAGUAUUAUAAAAAUGAUGUAGGAUAAAAAGGCUAUCUAAUAAAGGAAUAAGAUCAUGUAAUUUAAAUUGGACGAAUUAGAAAAAUCAAAUUUAAUAGACUUUGAAGAUAAAGAUACUUGCGAUUUGGUUAUCUUCUUACUUUAAAAGUAAAUCAAGAGCUAGUAAGAAGUAUAGUUUUUAGGAAAAUUCAUUAGAAACUUGAGUGUUUUUAAAGAAAAUCAAGACAUGUUAAAGAAUAAAUCCACAUCAAACAAAAUCAUUUAAAAUCUAAGGUGCAUUUUCAUCAAAAAACACAUGCCUUUAUUUAAAUACGGUGAUAGAGGAUAUGAGUAUUUUAUACUUUUAAAAGGAAAAUCUUACUGCUUAAUUCCCUAUCCAAACACAGCACCAUUAGAACUUAUUAAACAGUAAACAAAAUAAAAGAGAUUACUUCCUUAAGUUACCGAAGACCAUGAAGAUGAUGAAUUUUUAUUCGAACACUUCCCAAGAUACUAAUGCGUCAAAAUUUAUAAGCCAGGAGAGGCUUUUGGUGAAAUUGCUUUGUUAACAACUGAAAAUAAAAGAAUGGCAAGUAUUGUUUGCAAAGAAGAUUCCUGGUUCAUUUCUUUAGAUAAAGAAGGAUUUAACGAAAUUUAAGGCUCAUACUAGCAGCAUCUUCUUAAUGAAAAAGUUUACUUCAUGAAAAAAUUUGAGAUAUUUAAACCUGUAGCUGUAAACAAAAUUCUCUCAUUUCUCCAUGAGUUUUAAGAAAAAAUUUAUACAGUGGGCAAAAAGAUUUAUUGCUAAGGAGAUAAAGGAGAAAAAAUUUUUUUUCUGAUGGAAGGAGAAGUGGAGUUGAUAAGAGAAAUGGUUUCGGUAGGAACAUCUAAGCUAGAUUAACAAAAAUAUUAACAAUACUUUAAAAAUACGAAGCUUACAAAUAUAUAAAAGUAAAUAGUUCUACUUGGAUCAAAUAACUACUUUGGUGAUGAAGAUAUAAUUUCACCAGAUAGAAUUUAUUCAUUUACAGCAGUGUGUAAAUCUUAGAAUUGUAAGAUAUUAGAAGUAGAAAUGAGAAUUCUAUCUUCAUUUCUUAAAGUUUAUGAUAUGGCUUCCCUCUUCAAAAAAACAGCAUAAAAUAAAUAUAAUUGUUACUAGUAAAUACUGUAAGAAGAUAUUAUUAUAGACAAGAAUAAAAUUUUAGAUUCUCCGUCAUCAAAUUCUAAAAAUGCUCAAAAUAACAUCACCAAUGAAAACAACAACACAUCAAAUAAUUCAGACAAUUUUUGUGAUGAGUAUUAAUUUUUAAACACUCAAUUAACAAAAAACCUCUAAAAUUAAAAAAAAUCACACACAAAUAAAGACUCUCCAUCUUAAAAAAAGCAACGCUAAGAAGAUAAAGAUAGCCAAAAUGACUCUAAAUAAAAAAUAAUUCCAAAAUUUUACAAUGUGUACACACAUGAUGGUAACUAGAAUAUUAGGUAAAAGAAUUACUUGAGUAUUAGCAAUACCUACUAAAGUACAGCAAAAUUUACUCUUGAGGAUGUGCCUAUGACGACUAAAAUGAAUUAAGAUGAGACUGAUUAAAAGAGAAUCUAAUUUAGAUUAAGUAAAAACAUAUGUAAAUCGUAAGAUAUGAAACAUUCUUCUUACCUUCAUCGUUAAGACAGUACGAGUAAAAUGUAAAAAAGUAUUUUGGCAUAUAAAUAAGGGGCUUCAAAUUUAAGCUUUGAUGGAUUUCCAAAGAUAAGCAACAUGAAUUAAUCGUAUCUUUCAUAAACACCUCAAUAGUAGCCUGAAUCAAAGGCAAGUUAAAUACCAAUAAUAAACCUUAAUUCAUAUGAUUCCCUUAAAGUAAAAGAAUAAUUUGACGAAAAGUAAAGAAACAUGUAAUUUUCUCUUUAAUUAAAAUAAUCAAUCUUUAGAGAUAGCAUUCAUUAAUAGUUAUUGACCCCUAAAAGUUAAAUUCUAAGCUCUUUAACUCCUUAGAAUGGUCUCAAACAUUCUGAUUCUAGUUAAAGCUUAGCAUAAUAAAAUAAAGCAAAAAGUCCAAGAUAAAAUUCUUUUAGUAUAAGCUAUUCAUAAUAAUACUAACCUUUAACUUAUAAACUUUCAAAGUAAGCAACUGACUAUUAAGAAAAUUUAUUAAUAAGAUAAAGAAUGAGUAUAUAGUAAUAACAAAACUAAUGA